AUCCAAAACCACUGUUGUGUCUUGUUUUGCAGAAAUAGAGCCCCAGAAGCUAUACUGAAGAACACAGCUAAGGCUGUUAUUGUUCCAUUAAGAGAUGGUGUCUCCUCCCUGAACAGAGUCUAUGAGGGUCUCUAUAUGGGAGAUGUAGAUCCUGUUACUGGUCAGAGCUCCAACUAUGACUACAUCAGAGAGCAGAUAGUGCAGACUCAUCAGCACCUGCAGAGAUCAGAACAGGUGGUUAGUUCAGGCUUAGAGAGUCUGGAUGAAAGCUUAGAAAGACUUGUACAAAAUGAGGGAAAACUUAAGCAAAAGAUGAAAACUAUGAAACAAACCUUAGAGAGCUUGAAUAUAAAGCAGGAAUCCAAUGAAAAGUUACUUAGUGAAUCUCAGGGAGCUCUGGAGGUGGCCAGGGGAAAUCUGAAUACAUCAAAACAAACACUUGAGGAACAAGAAGCCAGGCAAUACAAUGCUCAAGUCAUCACAGGCGUUGGGGCGGGGCUGUUAAUUAUACCAGUGAUCGGAUGGAUUGCAGGUUCUGCCAUGUUGAUUGGUGGUGCAAUUGAACUAAGUCAAGCAAAACAGGCUGUCGAGGAGGCUGAAGAGGAGGUGAGAAAGUCUGAUUAUGAAGUGGAAAAAUACAAGGAUAAAGUAUCUAAGUACGAGUCCAAAAUCUCCCGGACCACACGUGAUAUCACUCAGAAAGAUAAGAAGCUGAAGCAGACAUGUGAAAAAAUCCAGAAGAUGCAGCAGCAGAAGCAGGUUGCUUGUGAUUUCCAGGAGAAAGUGAGACGUGCCGUCCAACUUCUUAGUGUCCUGAGUGGGAGAGCGAGCGUGGCUGAACAUCAAACUCGCAGAUUCAUCAUCCAGGAGCCUGUGCUGAAGGUGAUUGAGGAUGUAAUGAAGGCCACAACUGAUAUUACUGGAAAUGAGCUUCUGUACAACAAAGACAUGUCAAGACUGAUCAGUCAAAUUAGUGAGAACAACCAACGUCUUGCAGCUAUCUGUAACUCAAAGGAACAACCUGGGGAACAGAUAGUGACAGCUAUUUAUUAUUAGUUACAUUCAUUAGUGAUAAAAGAAAACAUCAAGUUUUUUUUUUUUUUACUACGUACGAAAAUCUCAUGCUCUCUACUCUAUCCCAUUGCACUUGAAAUGUCAUUAAAACAAUAGUUUAAAACCCCAAAUCUAUAAUUCCUUUAUCUUAGUAAUAAUGUUUUAUGUUUUGGAAGUAAAUUAAGUCAUCCUCCUAGUGACAAGUAUGUGUGAAUACAUGGGAGGAUAAAAGUAGAAGUAAGAAGUAAGCUUUUCUUAUAUAGUUUGCUGUAAUAAUGAUAAAAAAAAGUGUUUAACAAUGUCAUCCGGCUGUGCCUUGUAAUGUUAAUUAGUUAGCUGAACACAUUCAUGCUAAAAGAACUUGCAUGCUGUUCAGCACAUGUUGACUUUUUUAAAUGUUUCUUAUGCAAGAAAACAAGAAAGCGCAUGCGUGAUACAUUAUACUUGAUACUCAUAAACCAAGACUUCAAGUCAAAAUGUAUUAAAAAUCCGAAGUUCCACUGUACUUGCAGACAGACUAAUGACUAAAGUUUGCUAUUUUGGAACAACUAACUUUGUACUAAGUCCAUUUAA